GACAUAUGCAGGUCAUGCUCGAUGCGUGCCAUGUUGAUUCAUCUUGAUCUCGACGGGUAAUGUUGCAUGUCUUUACCCUCGGGGCUUGCUUGUUUGCAUCCCUUACGGCAAAAUCAAGCCAGUAAUGCUUGUUCCACUCGAUUUUCGACAAGUAACCUUUUCCGUAUUUCCUAUGUUUGCGUUCAUGCUCUUGCUUCACUGCUGGUGGAAUAAUCCGAAAAUUUCACAAAUCUCUCCACCCUCAAAAGUCAUGGACUCUUUUACACAAUAAUAUGCCAAAAUCUUCAACUUACUAGCUAGUCAAGUAUCUUUUUUGCAUUUCGAACCAUUUCGCUUUACAGAUCCCACGAUGUCUUUGAGUCUUUCUUCCGGCCCUGUCAAGCUCGACACCAGUGGCAAUGGCGACGGACUUCAGCAUUAUGAUCAAGUUUGUGCCAUCUCUCAAGCUGCUAUCAACAGAGGCUUUGUAAAGCUUUUCGAAAAGCAGCCGCUUGCAGCACGGUCAAUUCACUGGAGCAAUGAAGAUGUUUUUGAUGGACAGUUGGUGGCUACAAUGCUGCCCCCUCAAAUAGAGCUUGAUGUAGAAUCUGGCGAUAGCUCCAAAUUUAUGCUCCAACUUCGCUUUGAUCAGGGGAGAAUUUUCCUUGGCCAAAAUACCUAUCAGACUAUUGAUGGCUGGGUGAUUGCUUUCACACCACUUUCCUUCGCAGAUUGUCUAAAUGCAACAAGCGGAGAUCUUACUGCGGCGGCGAAUGUGGAAGAUACGGAAGACAGUGUGGUCUUUAAAUCCGACACGCCAACAAAGCUAUGUCCUGGAGAAUACUCAAUCCAUCGCUUGUUUGCUGCUAUUGCUGAUCUCUCAUGGGGCAGCAUCAUAUGGGAGCGCUCAUACAUGAUGCAACCCAGUAGGCAAAAACUCUCUCUUGAACAAUGGGCCAAAGACCCCGCAAACAACGCUCUUUACAACGAGGUCCAGCAAUGUUUGAGGGAGUGGACCUUGGAGAACAAACUUGCCUCUUGUUUUACACAAGGGAUGUUGUUGAAAGUGCCCAAAGCAAAAGCUAGUAGUGGGAAGGUGACAUUCGCUGCGAGGGCAUUACGAUUGCAGAAUUACCCAUACAUAGAUGAAGAGAGACAAAUACAAUUAUCAAGUAGCAAGCAAGCUAUGAAGGGUAUAAAUGGAAGCCCUUAUAAUUGUCUCUGCUUUUGUGAAGUGGUGGGAAGCAGAGUUGACCUUCCCACAACCAAAUUCCUACCAUUUACUGGGAACUUAGCAGGGCCUGGCAAAGGCACAAGUGGUGAGUAUCUGGGAACUUUCAUACUCGACCGCCGCCUUGUUUCCGGAGGAACCCAGUUGUUAUCGCCACUACAAGAUCUUUGUCUUGCAAUGCAGACGAUACCGUUCGGACCCGAGGCAAGAAUUGGUGGAAAUUAUCUAGCUUCCGGCCGACGACUUCGCGUCGUUGGUAACACGGCAGAUUUGACGGCUGGCAAACCGUAUCGUUGGGAACAGGUAAAGGAUAAUACGGGGGCGAGCACCCGUUAUUUAGCGAAUAUUUCAGGAAGAAAGACUAGAACAACAUCUAUGGCGAAAAUAACGAUAGAAGCUGGACCGCAAAUGGCCGCUUUAACGGUAAGAGGCGAAUAUGGCUAUACCUGUCGGAGCGAAUACUCGAGCCUUGUUAUUAGUGACAUCGCUUCCUGGACAUUCACUAUUAGUGUCAGCGGCUCUCAGGAUAUGGUGGGUAACCUCGCAGUCUUAAAUAACCCCAAAGCUAUUUUGGGGGGAUGCACAAUAGAGAAAGACCCAUACACUGGACUUGAUAUAAUCAUACCCAAUGACUUCUCUGCUAAUCUUACUGGAACCCCAUCAGAUCCAAGAUGGGUUCUGAUACGGUCGGCCAUGAGAGUCAACAUUGGAAGAGCUUUAUCCAAACUCGCUACCGAUUUGAAAUUUCUUCAAGGAAUCAAUAAGCUCACGUAUGGAGGGAAUGGCGAAUUCACAUUCGGACCCACCAUGCUCAACGAAGAUCUGAGUGCAUUUGCAACUAUCAACUUCUCUCCAAAAGAAAGCCGAGUUGAUUGGCCUUCCUUGGAAACGAAGGGCGCUGGAGACAACGUUGUCAUAGAAAAAUAUACCUCCGACACCUCUGUGACAGACCUGCACCCGCGUCUAAAUUGGACUUCUCUCGUGAAUGUCUAUGACUCCGCCGCGCAAACCAUUGAUCUCACCUUGACUGCUUCGAACAGCUCUAAUGACGGAAUAGCUUUUAAGUCCAUUUCCGUCAUCUGCCUUAAAAUGAAAGGACUGGAAGGUAAAAUGUUGUUUGACACGGGACUGGAGCAUUGGAACGUUGAGGACUCCAGCGUUCAGUCUGUCAAGCCUUGGUCAAUUACGACUGAAAAGAUAACCCAAGCCCUCGAUUUGAGUGCAAGUGUUGUCAAUGCUGGACUCCAAUUAAAAGUUUUCCCUGCUGUCCUCGGUACUUUACAUGAUGGCACGGAUUUGCCAUCCAAAUUUAUAGUGCCUUCAAAGGGCUCUUUCACAUUGAAAUUGAAGGGACCAGUUUACACGAAAUCGGAUGCCGGCCUUUAUAUCGUGCAACUAGAUGAAGUUUGGACAGGUAUCAGGGCAAUCAAACCACUGGAAGGACGCGCGAGCACGUUUUUGGUGUUGGAAUUGAAAGCGGAUAGCCAAAAUCCAACUCCCUAUACUGUCACUCAAGCAGAGGCUGACGAGAAACGAGGAGUCUCACACGCUUGAUCACUCCUAGGGCAAUUUAGGGAAUUUGCUUCAUAGAUUGAGUCUGACUCAAUUCCUGACUUUGAUUUCUAUGCUUUCCUUGGAUAUUUUGUUUCAUUUUGAUAUUGUUUGGUCAUAGUUUCCAAUGACUAGGUUGUACUUUUGGCAUGAAAUACCUUGAAUUAUCGGUUGUUGUAAAUACGACGAAAUGAUUCCUAGAUGUCUUGCAACAUGCUAGCUUAAAUUGUCUCUUUUUGAGCAGUAAAAUCUAACCUUUACAAUGCUUUCUGAUAGAUCUUCAAAUUACUAGCAAUCACAUAGCACAACAUGAUCGUA